UGUGGUGCGGAUGGGGUGUCCGGGGGCAGCGGGCGCGGAUCGCUGACAACGGCCGCAGCCAGUGAGCCUGGCGGCGGGGGCCUAGGCUCCCCAGCGCGAUGCGCCGUUCCAGCACUGAUGAGUCCACAUACCGGCGCAGCCCUUCUCCGGAGAGCAAGGAGCCGGGCUUCGCGCGCGGCGGCCCCUUUAGGCGCUGCAGCAGCUUGUACGGGCGCGCGGGCGCCGGGGACGCCGGGGAUGCGGGAGGCGGCUUCUUCGGCCUGCACACGAACCCCGGCCCCAAGGCGGCCCAGGCGCGCUAUACGACUCCCAAGGGCAACAAGUAUGUGGUCUUCUACCUAGACCUCUCCUUCAUCUUCCUUCUAGAGCUGAAGCGCUGCAGCAUGGCGCGCGGCUGCCUCCAGGGCGUCAAGUACCUCAUGUUCGCCUUCAACCUACUCUUCUGGCUGGGUGGCUGUGGUGUCCUGGGCGUUGGCAUCUGGUUGGCUGCCACACAGGGAAACUUUGCCACCCUAUCAUCCUCAUUCCCAUCCUUGUCGGCUGCCAAUCUGCUCAUCGUCACUGGUACCUUCGUCAUGGCCAUCGGCUUCGUGGGCUGCAUUGGGGCCCUCAAGGAGAACAAGUGCCUACUGCUCACUUUCUUUGUGCUGCUGCUGCUGGUGUUCCUGCUGGAAGCCACCAUUGCUGUGCUCUUCUUUGCCUACAGUGACAAGAUCGACAGUUAUGCCCAGGAAGACCUGAAGAAGGGCCUGCAUCUGUAUGGCACACAGGGCAACGUGGGCCUCACCAACGCCUGGAGCAUCAUCCAGACUGAUUUCCGUUGCUGUGGAGUCUCCAAUUACACUGAUUGGUUUGAGGUAUACAACGCCACUCGUGUGCCUGACUCCUGCUGUCUGGAGUUCAGUGACAGCUGUGGGUUACACGCACCUGGUACCUGGUGGAAAUCGCCCUGUUAUGAGACAGUGAAGGCCUGGCUCCAGGAGAACCUGCUGGCUGUGGGCAUCUUUGGACUGUGCACGGCGCUGGUGCAGAUCCUGGGCCUCACUUUCGCCAUGACCAUGUACUGCCAGGUGGUAAAGGCGGACACCUACUGCGCAUAGGUCUCAGAGCCUCUGCUUCUCUGCCAAAGGACCCCGCCCAUGGGGAGAUGUCCAAACCCGCUUCCCAUGCAGGACUCGGUGCUCUGCUGAACGCAGGGGGAAGAGCUUGAGGCCAAAGCACCCAGGAUCCACCCCUGCACCCAACGGGGCCUCUGCUUGGGUGGCUGCAGUCACCAGAUUAUAGUGUUGGUGCCAAGCAUGGCACCCAGGGCUAAGAGCCCAGGGAACUUUGACUUUUUAUAUCCAUAUAUCUUCCAGUAUUCGCACAGGAUAGGGUCCCCAGCCUUGCAUGGAUGCCAGGUUGGGGGCAGGCCCAGUCUGCUCAAGGCCCACGAUGGUCCUGGUGCUCCAGGCAGGGCCAGGUUCCAUUGAUUCACAUUCCAUGAUGGUGGCGCGGGACCAGGUGCAUCUUAAUAAAGUAUGAGCAGCCCCUGUGUCUAGCUGGACACACAAAAAUUGUACA